AUGACCCUUGAAGACAAACCAAUCCUCAGGCGGCAAAAGCUCCAAUCCAAAGACAACCUGGAAAUAGACACCCAAAGCACCGCCAGCGCCGCCAAGCUCACCAAAAACGAAUACACCUUCUCCAGCUCGCCUAGAGCCUUGUACAACAACAGAAAAAUGGUGUCGAGCAACGACAACUCCUUACCCUACUCCAACAUCAUGUUCGAGAAGCGCGUCUUCAGAGGCAGCAACUUCGCCCCCAACCAGUGCCACGGAGACGGCGAAGCUUCAGCUGCCAGAGCAGCCGAAGCUAAGCGCAGAAGAGCCGCCAGGUCCAAGGCCAAGAACCAACAGAUCAAGGCCACCCAUCUGAGGCUCGGUUCCCCACCAGCUGUGACAGGAAGGAAGCACGAACGAGUCCAAACCGAGAUCUAUCUGGAGGAGCUGUUCGUCAAUCCUCCUGUUAAAGACACCUGCACCCAAACGGACCUGUUCCUCGAACGCCCUGUGUCACCCUUCUACGUCCCAGCCAAAACUGGCGCUGACAGGGAAACCCAGAUCUAUCCUGGUGAUCUCUUUGACUUUGAUUUGGAAGUGCAGCCUAUCCUGGAGGUCCUGGUGGGCAAAACCAUAGAGCAGGCUCUCAUAGAAGUACUGGAAGAGGAGGAGCUUGCAGCGCUGAGAGAAGAGAGACGCAGGUUCCUGGAAAUCAGGGCUGCUGAGACAGCGGAAGCCUUGAGGCUGGAAGAAAGGGAGAAGCGGUUGACCAAGGAGAAAGAGCGGAGGAUCCAGGAAAGUCAGCAGGGGUUGCAAACGCAGAAGGAAAUGGAGGAGCGGAUUGCUGGGGCUGUCCUCAUGCAAGGCUACAUGGCUGACUUAUUACCUUCGGUUCUGUCUGGGCUAGAGUCCGAAGGUUACCUCAUGGACUCCAUCAGGAAAGACUUGGACGAAGACUUCAUGCCUUGGUUGAUAAAAGAAGUGUCUUCAGGCAUGCAGGAGAUGGUGAGCAGUCGAGAUAUCCUCACUGAUAUUGUGAGGGAGAUUUUGGAGGACAGAGCGGAGAUAUAUCAGGCUUUGGAUAAGGAGAGGGCGUUUGAGGAGCCAGAAGAGGAAGGGGCUACUGUGGAGGAUUUGGUGCUCAAGGACCAUAUGCGGCUGCAGGAGGAGAUAACUAGGGAGUUGGAGGGAGGGGCGGACAAACAGACUUGA